CCCAAAAGAUGUGAUACACAGCCUGAAUUCAUCAUUAGAGUUUGAUGCUCAUGGAGGAUUGAUCUUUUCCGGUUGUGAAUCGCACGGAACACGAUGGGCAAACCUAGAGGUCUUCGUACAGCGCGUAAGCACGUAAACCAUAGACGCGAACAGCGAUGGAAUGAUAAGGACUACAAAAAGGCACAUUUGGGUACGAGAUGGAAGGCUAAUCCUUUCGGUGGUGCCUCCCAUGCUAAAGGCAUCGUUUUGGAAAAAGUUGGAGUGGAGGCCAAACAGCCAAAUUCUGCUAUCCGUAAGUGUGUCAGGGUACAGCUGAUUAAGAAUGGAAAGAAGAUCACAGCCUUUGUACCAAGGGAUGGUUGUCUUAAUAACAUUGAGGAAAACGAUGAAGUUUUAGUGGCAGGUUUCGGUCGUAAGGGUCAUGCUGUCGGUGACAUUCCUGGAGUAAGAUUUAAGGUGGUAAAAGUUGCCAACGUUUCGCUGCUUGCUCUUUACAAAGAGAAAAAAGAACGACCUAGAUCUUAAGAUUAUCAGUCUUCAAAGAAUGUAUCGAUAAAUAAAACAUAUAAAAAAUU